AAAAGAAAAAUAAACAAAACCAAAAUCUGAUUAUUUCGAAAAGUAAAAUUAAGAAAUAAAAUGAUACAAAUAGAUAAAACAUUUAUAAUAUCACCAAGAAGAAUUAAUGUCAAAGCUAAUGAAAACGAGAACCCCACUAAUUCGUGUCUCCCUAUUGUGAGCUCCUCCAUUAGUCUCGGUGCUUUUUCUCUUUUUUUUUUUUAAAUUUUGUGAAGACGUGUGCACUUAAUGAAGCAUGCCACGGCCAAGAAAGUGGUAUCCAGCUGGAUAUACGGUAAAUUCGGGCAGGUUGGUAAACGUAAGGAACGAUUUUCCGCGGUGGAUGUGAGGAAAUUGGAAAGUGAACUCUUCAACAGGGGCAAAAUGGACGUGUACGCACCCAACAACAGGAGGAACGUGACACCUUCCAGGAUAUUCUUCGAGAUAGCAGGAUGUAUUAGAAAGUUAGUUCUAUUUAAUUCUUACGAGACCAGGUGAAACUGGAGUCAGCAAUCACAAGAAGAAAAAAAGUGUCCGAGGCUGAGGGCUGGAAAGAUCUGCGAGCAGGUCUUGUUCAUGUCCACAUUGAAGAAUUCAGACCUGCCAAAAAAAAAAAAAAAUGCAGCUUCUGUGGCUGUGCACAGGUCCCAGAGAUUGUCUUGUGUCCUGAUUGUGGACCUGGAAGACUAUUGCAAAUCAUGUGAUGAAAAGAUCUACUGUUUGGUGAUGUAUCAUCAGACAUACAGUUGGAAAGAAGACGCAUCAUUGUAUCUACCUGUGAAAAGAGAAGCAACCAUUUUGUCUGAGCACCAGUGUGACAAGCUCUAUUACCGUCAGAUUGGAGUUUUUGAUGCACAAGGCAGAGAUCACAUCAUGAAAGUACAGUUCUGUGAAUGUGAGCCAGAAGCAGUAACACUAAUAAGAAAUGGCUUAUGGCCAGCAACACCAAAGAAGCCAGGGACCGCAUUUUGCAUGAAAGUGAUGGAGCUAUGCAGAAUGCUACAGUUAGAAGGACAAAUGUCUCUCCAGAAAUUUUGCAUGGCAUCGGAGCGGAAGACAACUUUUCUACAUAGUCGCAGCAGGGACUACAGAAACAUGUACAAGGCAUUGGGUAAACAUGCUAUCAUUUUGUCACAGCAUGACUAUAGCAACAUGUACUAGACACUUGGUAAACACAUCAUAAUGUGUUGUCACAGCAGAGACUACAGAAACAUGUACAAGGCACUGGGUAAACAUGCUAUCAUAUUUUGUCACAGCAUGACUACAGCAACAUGUACAAGAUGCUUGCUAAACAUAUCGUCAUAUGUUGUCCAAUAAGUCUAACUUUCAAGAAACUCCUCAGGGUAUGUUGCUUAAUGACUCCAUAGAGAACUGUAUCAGUGCCACUAGACCUGUAGUCAAGUAGUGCGACAGUUUCAUUUGAUGGAUGUAAAUAUAGUUUAAUUAUAAGGGUUAUAAGCCAAUAAUUUCUGUUUACAUUAUUUGGAAACUAUGGAAAGAAUACGUGGAUUGUGAAAAUGGUAUUUUAUGUGUUUGUUUAAUUGCUUUAUUGUAGGUAACACAAUUAUAGAAUUUCACCAUCAUCAGGUGUUAUGUCUUGAGACAGCUCAUGCCCAUGACUUCCUGGGCAAGAAGUGCCCAAUAUGUAGUCUGGUAUGUUGUAUGGGUUAAGGAUUAGGCAUUUUAAGAAAUAUUUAAACACAGUUGCUGUAUUCUGCAAACAAAAACACCCACAAAAGUUUAUUACACUUGAUUUGUACAUAAUAUUUUCACAUGGUUGCAAGUUUUUGAAAAUAUGCCUAAUCUGUGCACAUCAGUUUCCCGACGUUUUGAUAUAAAGAGAAUUUAUCAACAUUGUCUAAUGCCUACUGAUAAUUUUAGGCCAUGUCUUUCAAAAACAUAUCUUCUAUUUCAUGAGGAAUUAAUAGAUGUGAUUAGUGAUCUUCACUCAGAUAUCGAUUCGAAAUCUGGUGAAGACGAUGAAGAGGAAAAACACUUUUUUUCCAUAAGUUCUUGAGCUAUUACUUUCUUUAGUCAGUUUACUGAAGGGGACAAUUGAUAUGUUUAUUGAAAUUGUAAAGGUAUUUAAGGGAUGAUAGCAUGUUUAUUUUGUUUUAAAGCAUAGCUACAACCAACAUCAACAAAGGCUUUAUGAAUUCAUUGCUACAUUUUUGAACCAAGAACGGUGUAACCUUCUAAUUCUGUUUUUAGCAAUGUACUUUUUUUUUAUAGUAUACAUACAAGACACAUUCACACCGUGCAUCCAGUUGCUUUCACCCACAGAAACAAGCCUUUUAAUAUAUUUUAUAUGCCACUCUGGAGCAAGGCAUGAGCUUAUUCUUAAGUAUAUUGCUGUGGCACAAUAUAUGUCUAGAGACUAUCAUUUGAGAAAAGAAUUGUACAUAACAGUAUACUGCCUUCUCGUUGCUCAUUCUCCUAAAAAUUUGAAGUGAUGGUAGUAAAUAAAACAGGGAAACAAACACAGUUUUUGCUUUGAGGAAAAUUAAGUGAAAAGAAUUUUCACUCGUAUAUCAUGUUAUUUACUUACAACAUAUUCUUACUAAGGAUGUUAUAUAAACAGGUAUGCUUUGUUAUAAAUCUUGAGAAAUCUAUUUUUGUGUUCUGCAAUGGUGGUUACCUGUCAAAGAGGGAGAAAUGGCACAUGGAAAAGGACAUAGUCAAAUGUAUAAAUAUGUACAAAUAUCUAGAUUUGAUUGCUUUCAACAAGACUAUCUGUUUGUUGUGCUAUUGUGGAUGUUUCAUGGAGUGCCCAAAAAAAGUGUCAUUGGGAUAACCAUAUGUUUUUGGCACAUGGUGUGCAUUCACCACUAUUUUCAUGUUUUUUCACAUUUCUUGCAUUUUGUGAUCAUUCAAAGUGACAUUGCUACUAUCCUGUCAUGUCCCUUUUGUCCAGGUGUUGUAGAGUCGGUAAUACAUGUUAUGUUCUUAUGAUAAAGAUACAGGGUAGUGAGAAAGAAAUGUAAACACUAUUACCAUCUGCUUUCCAGUUAUCCAUGCUGGUAGAAAAUACUGACAAGUGUGUAGUUAAUAAUGUAACUAAUAACUUUCUUUCCCCGUAUUUUGCAUCUAGCAGGGAGACUUCUGAAGUCAGACAAACACUAUCACUGUAAAUCCACCGCUUGACCAAGCACGAAUAGCUAUUUUACUGUACUUCAUUAAAGUGUAUGUUCAAUAAAUUGAAAAGGGCUUGAAAAA